CGACGCGUUCGAGCUCUGCCACCGUGACGGCCACGGGCAUGGUUUCAGGAAACGCAGACCUCCUCUCUCAACUUUCUGCGGCAGUAGACGUACAUGCACACAGCCUACCCAGCUCCUCUGCCCACCAAUAUCUGUCGCAUCUGGAGCCCCGGCCAUCCUAUGAAGAAUCCGACUUGUUGAAAUCGGUGCGGGCUGCGCUGCGAGGAACAGCUGUCGAACCAAAAAAUGCCAUUCACUCUACGUAUUUCGAAUCAGAAGGCGACGAUUGGAAUGGUUUCCAGCUCACAUGGAAUGACCGUUCAGCCGCACUCAGUUCUGGCGGAGUCUUGAGGAAGAGAUGGGAUUUCGAGGUCGAGCGUCAGAAUAUCCAGUGGGCAUGCUUUGGCUGGCUGGAGCAGUUUGCACCCAAGACAGAUUUUGGCCUGCGAGACUACACCUAUCCAACAACCUCCGUUCCCCAUCCUUCGAAAUCACCAUUUGGGCCCUUUGCUAUCUCUGAGCAGCCUGCUGGCUACUCAGAAACAGUCAAGCGUAUUCCGACCGUUUUCGUGUUCCUCCGCACGAAGGGAAUGGCAUUUCUGCAGGAUGGCACCAGAUACACGUUCACUGUUCCAUACAUCGUUCGCAGAGCGUGGCCUAUAUCACCCUUCGGUGUCAUGAUUCAGCGACAAGUACACCCUCAAGAACUUGUCGAGGCUGAACGGUCUGGAGAGGGGGUCUUGCCCACAAUAUUCACCUUGGUUAAUCCAAUCACCGAAGUAGGAGCCCUUGGUGUAACAGCGGGAAUCAUUGGUGGUUCAGACGAUGUAUCCGCGCGUCUCAUUGACGAGAUUGAAAAGGCUUCCUCGCACUUAAUAACAGUACCUUCUUCCGAGAACCUCUUAUGGGUGUCGCAUCGUUCUGUCGCUACUGCUUACCAGGUUGCAGUGACUGUGGACGAGGCCAAGCACUCACUGUCCGUUUGGCGAUAUGCUUACAUCAAAGCCAAGGAUGCGCCUCGGCCUGCUGGUCGUGAGCUGAUGAAGGAGCGUGCCCGAAAGCGUCGAUCUAUGUCUAUGGCUGGUUUAAAGCCUCCCGCGGAUACAUUGGACGAUCCUACCAAAAUUCACACUUUUCUUCCUGACAUCUAUCCUUUGGCCUCGCUUCCUGGGAUGCCCGCAGCCCUUGCCGCGACUGUUGGUCCACCAAAGCCCGGCACACCUAGUAAAACACGCAGAGAUUCUCUCAAUAGACAUGAUUUGAGUGUAACACUCGACAAGAUGGUGUUGGGAGGCAGACUGAAGGAUGACAUGUCAUUUCUUCCACCUGAAACCGGGAGAAUGAAAACGUCAUUUUGGGCUCAAAGGCUUUCUACCCAUGAUCUCCCUGAAGCUGAUGCAAAAGCAUGGCGUUCAAUGUCUGUUUCGAUCUUUGACCAUCGAUGGGAUGGCAACGAGGAGCGCUCUCUCCUCGCUGUUUCUCUGCCACACAGCAGGUCCUCAUUGCUCUUCUCAGUCUCGGAAAAAGACGAUCACACUAUGCAUGCAAACCAACUUUCUACCAUUCCAGCUAUCUCUUUUGUCUCACUCUGUUCAACCCGCCCUGCAAUGCAUGACCUGCUUAUUCUGAAGCCCGACCAUUCCGUUGCUCUUCUAUGUCUCGGAGUCAACGAAGUACCCAUCAGCAUCAUCGACGCGCCACGACCAGACCACUCAAGAAUGGAUGUUGACAAUUCUCGCGGGGAGAUUGUCUCCCUUGAAACCGGGUUCUUGUCGUCGGUGACGCUUGUGCAUAGGGAUGGCUGGAAAUCGGAGAUCAACGUGAACUUGAUACCAAAUGGUCUCUUGACUGUUCAGGUGCUUCAGAUUCUUUCAUUAUAUCUUCCAGAGAAUAUCUUCUUUGCCAUUCAUCGCAUAUUCCUACUGAUGUGGUGCAAGGAAGGUAGGCGAUACAUGGAUGUAGUAGAGUUCAAAGCUCUAAGGACAAGUUUAUAUCUUGUUUGUGGAGCUACUUUGCGUCAGAAGAACAAAGGUAAAGAAAAGGAAGCUGACCCAUGGAUAGCUUUAGAAAAUUCGUCUUCUAAGGCGCGUUUUCGCAAUGACCCUGUACUUCGUCUAUUGGAGCAGCAUCCUCCCAAAGAGAAAGUUGAAGUCAUUCAGGAGGAUCGGCCCAUCCUUCUUGCGCCUGUGUUAUAUGCCCUGCAUACACUUGGUGAAGACCUUCGUCUCACUGUCGAUCAUUAUCGUUCUCUUCAAGAAUUGACGGACGUCAUUUGUCGAAUAGCAUCGAUAAUACGUCCGGAAUGGGCUGACUACUGGAGGCGGUUAUGUCCUUGUGAUACUCCGGGCUGGCCGUACCCGUCAAGCGCAUAUGUCGAAUACGUUGAGGAUCGCAUCCCUGCAUGGCCGCCCGAUAUCUCAGCUAUCCUGUAUGGAAGAAUAAGCAAUCCCGGCUGGGAUGCAAAAGUGCCUUGGCAAGAUGCAUCAGGAAUGACGGCACGUUUUAAUAUCCGGCCUGCAUUCGCUUUUGGUCGUAAAGACCCACUAGAAUCUAGCGCCAAGCUCACAGAGGUAUACAAGUGCCUGGCCGACAAAACGGCUACUCAGAGCCAAAAGCGUGCCGAAAAUGCAGUUUAUUUCAUGGUGACAUCAGGUAUUGGCCCUGAAUUCUUGGAUCGAUUGCCUCUGGGUCUGGCAUCUCCUCUGAGGGAAGCCAUAAGAACGUGCCAGCUCAUGCCGCCCGUCCAUUGGCCGCCAUCUGUGUAUCGCGCCAUAGGACGGGAAGAUGUUGCUGCGUCUGCGCUUCAUGACCCGGACAUCCUUGCAAAAGACGGUUAUCGACCAGUCAAAGAUUUCAUAAAAAGCGCAGGACGACGGCGAACAAUAAGUCAAACCAUUGUCGAAGCCCGGACGCUGGCCUUUGGGGACAUCGAAGCAGUAUCUGGUGUCAAACUGGACCUGGAUGACUUUACAGACAUCCGAUUUGGACAGGACAGAAGGCUGGAAGACGUGGCCCGGCUGUUGAACUCUGCGUACAUUCAAACCUAUCGGCCGUUCGUAGAUCGGCCGGAUACAGGUGAGGCGGAUCAGAUCAAGGAAUUUCAGCAUCAAGCACUACGGAUAGCCGAACGGACAAACGCAUUGGCUUACGGUCGUGCUAUGUUCACGUUUGGUUCAGUGUCGAAGGUUUCGCGGCAGGCAUAUACCAUACCUAUCGUCAAUUACACUAUUCGGAUUCACCCCCACAACGUUCAUGUGUUACCGGACGUGAAAGUGCUCCAUCAGGAUUCUAUUCAUUGGGGAGAAUUCCAUAAUGGUGUCGCUGCCGGUCUUCGCAUAUCUUCCGCAACGAAAGGCGUCGAGAGUUCGUGGAUCGCAUUCAACAAGCCAAACGACUUGUCGCCUAGCCACGCAGGCUUUCUAUUCGGACUGGGGCUUUCUGGUCAUCUCAAGGAAAUAGUCGCUUGGAAUACCUUUCAGUACCUAACGCCUAAACAUGAUAUAACCUCCAUCGGUUUGUUGUUAGGUUUAGCUGCGGCAAAUGUCGGCAGUGGAAAUGCUUCAGUGACGAAGCUACUUGCGGUGCAUACGCCUGCUCUGCUCCCUACGCCGGAUGUUGAUUUGAACAUCACUCUGAUGACACAAUCUGCUGGUUUGAUAGGUAUGGGGCUCCUGUAUCUUGGGACGAAACACCGGCGGUACGCUGAAGUAUGUUUGCGAGAAAUCAGUCGCAAAGACCUCUUCCAGCCCGAUUUGCAUAACGAGUACCGGGAAACGUAUACGACGUCCGCUGCACUGGCUUUUGGGUUGAUCAUGCUAGGCAAGGGUAAAAUGAUCCCGGCAGACGUCGAGAUGGUGCGGCGGCUGAAUUUUCUCAUUCAAGGAGACGAGCAGCAUUCGAUUGGUCUCGGAAGUCAUCCAUCGUUCGAUCUGAACUUGACGUGCCCUGCUGCGACCAUGGCUCUUGGGUUGAUGUACUUGCGAACAGGGCGAAAGGAUAUUGUGGAUAUGCUGCCGAUGCCUGAUACCAUCCUUGCAUUGAAUUCGAUCCAGCCGAGUUUCUUACUUACGAGGGUGUUGGCCAGGUCGUUGAUCUUGUGGGACUCUAUUGAACCCACAACAACCUGGCUCACCAACCAGAUUCCGGAGACGAUCAGGGCAGCUAUCAAGCUGCGGUUCGAGAGUGGAGCGGCCAUUGAUGAUGCGCUGGAGUUGGCGUAUUACAACGUCAUUGCUGGAUGCUGCUUUGCAGUGGGACUCAAAUAUGCUGGGACGGCGAGGCAGGAGGCUUAUAAGUUGAUCAUCCGCUAUUUUGACCUCUUUACGCGGAUGGUUUAUCAAAAUGGGCACAACUUUGACCACCGCAUCAAGCGGUCUGCCGUGCGCGACGGGCUAAACUUGAUAUCGGUCGCGCUGAGUAUGGUCAUGGCUGGCACCGGGGAGAUAACCUCGUUCCGGCGGUUGCGUUACGCAUAUGGGAUGUUCAAUCAAACGAUGUACCAUCCGACGCACAAGUACGGUAUCCACGUUGCGACUUACCAGGCGAUAGGUCUACUCUUCCUCGGUGCAGGAAGGUAUACUCUAGGCACAUCGGAUGCUGCGAUCGCGAGCAUGAUCAUCGCAUUUUAUCCGCGGUUCCAUCAAGUAUCAUCGGAUAAUAAAGUCUAUCUGCAAGCAUUGAGACACUUAUGGGUGCUAGCAGCGGAGCCGAGGUGUUUAAUUGCACGAGAUGUGGAGACGAAAGAGGUGGUUUAUCUGCCGCUGAAGAUAACUGUCCGGGAUGGGACCGAGAUGGGCACGACACAGCUGAUAUCUCCUACACUCAUUCCGGAAAUUGACAAGGUGAUAUCUAUACGUGUGGAUACACCGAGAUACUGGCCAUUCCACCUGGACCUAGAACACGUUUGGCAGCAUCGAGAGAGCCUGGUGCGAAGUCAGACAUUGUACGUGAAGCGACGUACAGCAUUUUUAAGCUAUACGGAAGAUCCGAGGGGAAGCAGGAGCUUAUUCGUCCGGUCUAGGAGCUCAGCCGGAGAAGCAGCAAUCCUGGACUUCCCGCAGCUAACGACCAAGUCGCAUCCUGCAAGCGAUCUGAGUGAAUUUAUCAACUCGUUUUCCAAUGACCCUGUGUAUCUGUCUUUUGCUGAUCAUUUCGGCAACGGCUGGGACGGGGACACCGACGAGGAGACGUUAUUCACUUCGUAUUGUCAUGCAGCACUGUAUGACUCCAUUCUGCAGGGCAAACCUCAGUCACUUCAGUCACAUUUGAUGCUUUGGGUGUAUCGACGGAUGGAAGAACGGGACGUUUACUUCCAUCUACGGAUGCAGGACCUGCGGUUCGCAGCUGACUUUUACAGCAGGAUCUAUGACCGGAGGUUCAGCGGGAGGUCGGAGAACAACCCCAGGAUACCGUUGAUCAGGGAUUCGACUGUGAUGGGGGCUCUGCAUGCGCUGGAUGAGCGGCUAGAUGACAUCAGGAAGGAUGCUCAAUUCUUGGAAAUGUUUGCGGCAUAUUCAGUGGGGGGCAAGGUGUCCUUGAAAUUGAAGGGGGAUGCCGAGAGGCUCGCGUGGUAUCUGUUGAGGAACAUGGUUCCUGUGUCGACAGUAAUGCAAAUCAUGAAAGGGCUGGCAAGCGAUGCGUACGCACAGUGCUUUGGGAGGCCGGAGGGCACACUUGAUGCAAGAUUGCUGGACGAGGGAAUCAAGGAGGUCUUGCAUGCGACUGGUAGUGCGAUGGCUACUUCACUUGGGACUGGAUGGAGUGUGAGAAGCUUGGACGAGACUGUCGAACUGUGGAAGCGUAUGCAGCAGCAGUGAGAGUUGUUUAUUCAUAUAUAGUGUAACGAUAAAAUGUAUGUAUUUUAUUCAGGCAUUCAAAUGUACAAUAGUAGGGGGAUUUCGUGAUGGAGCUCAAGAAUGUAUUUCAGGUCUAUAUACACGUCCAUCGGAGCUACGCGUGUAAGAUUAGGACCUCUUCCGAUACAAUCCACUCGGCUGUCGCUUCAUCCACCUUGAACGGUCGCUGGCGUUUGAGCGCGAUGGCGUCUGAGAGAGAAUGCUU